AUGGCAAACUUACCAGAGGGUGUGUUUCUGAGAUACCCAGAGAAUUUGGGCUCUCAUAUAAGCAUCGACUUUGAGUCUGCUGUUGCUAUGCUUCUCCGCGCCAUUUCUCUAUCGCAGCAGGUACCCUUUUCAUGGGGUUACAUUGACAAGCCACAAGAGGGGCAAGUGUUUUUAAUCUUCUUGCCCACUCUUCAAGCUCCUUUUCCAUCCGACGGCAUACGAUUUCUAGAACAAGAAGCGAGACAUACAAUGCCAGCCAACAAUCGUGAACUUGAAAUCCACGAGGCCAAGUUCGGGUUCAUUCCGGGGUCGCAGGAGGCAGGAGCAUGGAGGCUACGUCGGCGAUUUCGUCUAAGCAAAGGAGGACACCCCCAGCUUGUUCUUGUCCACUAUUCACGUGGCCCAGUUAUGCAGAUCCCACCUGCUUUGAUGACCCAACCGGUUCGCCAUUACCCUCUGCGACCAGUGAACGAACCCUCGAUAUAUGUUGCGGGUGACCGGAUGGGCCAGAAAGUGUUUCCCCACGGUGCCAUGCCCAACGCCCCUCCCAACGCCCCCAACCCCCACGCGAUGGGCGCCAUGAAUAACAUGGGAGGGGGUGCGCCCAGUAUGCCGAUGGGCUUCAAUCGACAGGCGCAAAUGCUAGCGCAACAGAGUGGUACCAUGGAUGCGUUAGAACGGCGGAGUCAACGCGAUCCAAGUGGAAGAGAUAGAAGUGGUAGCACUACAGCGGUUACGCGACCUCCCGUUGUGGACGACGAGUCAGGUGAUGAAGCUGAAUCGAUAUCGACUAAGACUUUGGCGAUCAAUCGGUAUAAGCGAAAUCAUGAAUUGAUGAACGAGGUCUUUAGACAGGCUGCUUUAGUAGGCGAUAAGAAUGCAGGUCCUCCUAAGCCUCCUUAUGCCAUAUUUAAUAAAACAGAAUUGGACGCAAAUAUAGCCAAACUAGAAGCAGAGAUAGAGACACUCAGAACUCAGAAGAAAUCAGCGAAGGAAAGUCAGCACUCUGAUCUCAACGCCGACAUCUCGAUGCAAGAUUUUGUUCAAGUAUAA